AUUGCCACCUCGCUAUCAAGACGCCGAAGGAGAAUUCCUCUUGGAUUCGUUUCCUCUCGAGGACCAGAGGCUGAAUUCACUUGUAUCGCGCGUCCGUAGCUAGGGUGCCCCGCAUUUCUCCCUGAGACUCAGAUGAAGUUCAGAAGGCGUCUCUACUUCUCCAUUAUUCCAGAAUGGAGAGACCAGUACAUUGACUUUUCUGCCCUGGCUGGGCAAAUAGACGUGGUGAAGUCGAGCGUGAUCAAGCUGGCCAAGUCCUACACGCGGGUGAAGUUGUUGAUUGGGGACCGAAGGCCCAUAAACAUAGACAUUAGCAGUGUGAAGGAAGAGCAGAGGUUUUGGACGAUGGUCGAGGAGAAUUUGAGAAAGGUGGACGCCUUUCAUAACGCUUUGCUGAAGGAGUUUAUAGAGCGUUUUCACAUUUUGACGUACCAGGCGAUUCAGCUUGAUUUGAUAGAGGAGUUCGUGCCGUUUACGCGGGGACUGAGCACGCAGUUGCAGAGAGAGUUCCAGCGCCUCAGGCUCUCGGAGACGAUUGGGUUGUCGUCUACUCAGGAGUUAGAGUACAGAAAGUUUUUGAAUCAGAAGGGCAAGAGCCGACUCGUUUCGAUCAACCGCCACUCUAGGAUUGAGGACGUUAUUGAGCAGCUCAACAAGAUGUCGAAGGGUCAGAUGGUGUUUGGGGGUCGUGCUGCGAAGGAGGACGCAGAGUCCGACAAGUUGUCUCGUCGCGCUCCUCCUAGGAGCAGUCAGAGUGCGGCUGGGAAGGUGCAAGAGGGAGAGGAAGAGGGGGAGGGGUUCAAGAAGGGGUUGCGCAGGUUGUCUGGUUCUUCGCCGCUGGGAGAUGUGAAGCAGGGAGCGCCGUCUCUGGGGGGUCACAUUGGGGGGGGCAGCAAGCCGGUUCCGAUAGAUUUGGACGAUUCUGAUUCAGACAGCGACGGCCAUUCGUGUUAUAGUUUGAAGGAGAAUAGAGUGAUCCAUUCGGCGAGUGCCAAGAGUGGCGGCGUGCAUCUUAAGCCGUCUAGUAAUUCUAUUUCGAGGAUGUAUAUGGAAGAGAGACCUGGUUUGUUUGGGGAUGGCGAAGACGAUUGGGGCGACAAGAGUGACAACGACGACGAGUCGAAGAUGGAGAAGGACGGGUCGCUGAUGUCGGUGAAGAGCGACAUAUUUCACCUGGAUGGGAAGGAGGAUGGACAAGAGGGCGUUAAGUCGGAGGAUUCGGGGUACGUGUCGGGGGGCAGCGAGGAGGUGAUGUUCGAUGAGGGGGGAGAGACGGAGGCGGCUGGGACGCUGGACCGAGAUGUGCUGCUUGGAGGGGCGGGGCUGUCUCACGAGCAGGUGUCCAAGACGGGGUCGUUGAGCAACAAGACCGGUUCCGAGACGGAGCGGCCGGAAUUCAAGGAGCAGAUGCUGAACAUGCUCGGGGGCGUGCCCGAUGGCGCGGUAGACGACGACGACAUUUCAUUGAACGUGAACGCGGAUGCCAACGAGGUGACGAUUGGGUUGAGAGACAAGAGGGACGGGGAGGGUCCGUCGGUUGUCGAGGAAGAGAAGCGCGACGAAGGUUUGUCGCAAAAGACGAUUUUCGAGCCGCUUCCGGAUUUGAAGAAGAUUAACUGCAAGAAGGCGACGGAAGCGCUUCGCGUGGCGUACAGCGAGAUGUAUAGGGGUUUGUAUUUGCUGAAGAACUUCGACGACAUGAACUUGCAGGUGGUGGAGAAGCUGGCCACCAAGCACGAGAAGCACGUGGCGCCUGGGACCAGACUGAAGUUCCACCAGGAGAUACUUCCGAAGUAUUCGUUUUACAGGCCCAAGGAGCUUCGGAGCCUGAUCAGGGAGACGGAGCACGUCUAUUCGUGCGCGUUCACGAAUGGGCAUCGAACCAAGGCGAUGCGAAAGCUGCGGGUUCCGAAAGAUAGCGCAGGGAGCGUUGAGAAGGAAAACUUGUACUUUGGCUUCUUGCUCGGAGUCACGGUUGGCCUGGUCACCCUGAUGGUCUAUCUUUUCUCGAUCAUGAGCGGCCACGUGAUAGAGAAGCUGAGGCCUGGAUUCGUCGUCUUCCUCAUGCUCGCGCUCGCCAUCGUCAUGUUGUGGUACUGGGGCGUCGACAUGUACGUCUGGUCCCAUUACCGCGUCAAUUACAUCUUCAUAUUUGGGUUCAACUCUCGCGGUCACCUGAGACACCAGGACAUUUUCGACGCCGCUUCGAUUUUUUCGGUGAUUUUGGCGUUGAUGAUGAUUUUCUACGUCCUGGCGAUUUUCCAGUUGUACGACCCGAAUUUCAGGGUUGCGGGCUUUCAGUGGCUGACGGGCGUGUCGCCGGACAUCUUUCCGUCCAUGUCCAUUCUUCUCGCGGUGGCGGUGUUUCUCUUCUACUCUAUCAAGUCGCAGUUCUGGCUGGUUUGCACGCUCUGCCGCAUCUUCGCCGCGCCGUUCUACCCCGUGCUGUUCAAGGACUUCUUUCUGGCGGACCAACUGAUCAGCCUGGCCAUCAUCUUCGUCGACUUGGACAUGGUCUUUUGCUACUACCUGACGAGCGCGUUUCGAGACAAAGCGUCCAGCUGCGUCUCCUAUUUCUUCGUCCAGGUCAUCCUCAACGCCCUGCCGUACCUGUGGCGCUUCAUGCAGUGCCUGCGUCGGUUCUACGACGGCGGCGAUACGACGCAACUCUACAACGCCGGCAAGUAUGCCGUCGGGAUAGUCGCCUGCGCUCUGGCCUCCACCUACCUGUUCAACUCGAAGGCGUGGACGAUCGCCUCCUACGUCGUCCUCGGCAUUGCGACCGUCUACUCCUACAUCUGGGACGUGUACAAGGACUGGUCGGUCGGCGACAUCUACUCGAAAAACUGGCUGCUGCGCGACCAACUCCUCUAUCCGAAGCCCUGGUACUAUCUGGCGAUGGCUCUGAAUCUAGUUAUGAAGUUCCUGUGGACGCUGAACAUUUCAAAAAGCGGGACCAGCGUGUUCCACUUGGACGAAUACUGGUCGAAAAAAAUACUAGCGCUAGUCGAGGUAACUCGGCGGGCCAUGUGGAACAUCUUCAGACUCGAGAACGAACAACUCAACAACUGCGGCAAAUUCAGGGCCAUUCGAGACUUGCCGUUGCCACUGCCUCUCAUUCCAGAAGCAGAAAUCCAACUAUUUCAAAAAGACUGAAGCGGCAACCAGUUUCCUAUCUCUCUCUUUCUCCCCCCCUCUUCUUCCUCUUUUUUUUUUUUCUCCAACUGCUCAGAUCAAAGUGUGGUCUAAAGCGGGACGCUGUAAAUUUCGACGAGUUUUCCCCCGA